GCACUCGCUGCUUCAACUUCUUCCGCAAAGCAGGUGUUAAAAACAGCGAGUUGUUUAUUUCUGCGCUAUAACGGCCUGUCCACCACGACCACCUAUCACGACUGCAGGAUUUUAUUUAUUGUUUGUUUGUUUGUUUUGCAUAAGUUUGUUUCUCACGUGUCAUCGGUACCUGCCCUGCAACACCUGCGGCGGCGCGCUCAACGGAAAUAAUAUUAAUACGCGUUAUUUACACAUACGCGUGCAUUUUAUAGAUACGGAUGCUUUUUAAACUUUUGACAGUAGUCGAUACAAUGUUAUACUUGUAAGGCUCGACUUCAGACACAAUGAAGUUUACCGGGUAUCUGAAGUUGCGCAUCGGCGAGGCGGUGGACCUUAAACCCACGACCACCUCAAUGCGACAUGCCGUGAUGUUCAACAAGGCGAACCAGACCAUGGACCCGUACAUCAUAGUGAAAGUGGACGAGUAUAAGAUAGGACAGACGCACACCAAACAGAAAACCAACAUGCCCACUUACAACGAGGAGUUCUCGGUUAACGUCAACAACGGCAAGCAGGUAGAGUUGGCCGUUUUUCAUGACGCACCGAUCGGAUACGAUGACUUUGUGGCUAACUGCACCAUCCAGUUUGAUGAUCUGGCGAAGAACUCAAGCACAGAGGAGUCCUUUGAAGGAUGGGUUGACCUUGAACCUGAGGGCAAAGUCUACAUCCUGGUAACUCUCACAGGCACAUUUAAAGAUGAUGAAAGUGAAGGAAGGACGCGUCCCUAUAAGGAGUUUAAUCGAAAACGGCAACAGGCAGUUCGCAGGAAAAUCCACCAAGUCAAUGGACACAAGUUCAUGUCGACCUUCCUAAAGCAACCAACAUUCUGUUUCCACUGCAAAGAGUUUAUAUGGGGUGUAUUUGGAAAACAAGGCUACCAAUGUCAAGUUUGCACCUGUGUAGUACACAAGCGAUGCCAUCAGUUUGUGGUUACGGUCUGUCCACGCAUGAAGAAACCUGCCAAAGAGCAGACUACAAAUCAGGGGUUCAGUAUAAACAUCCCUCAUAAAUUUGGCAUCCACAAUUAUAAGGUUCCUACUUUCUGUGAUCACUGUGGAUCUUUGCUAUGGGGUCUUGUACGACAAGGACUACACUGCAAAAUUUGUAAGAUGAAUGUCCAUAUCCGAUGUAAGGGAAAUGUUGCACCGAACUGUGGAGUCAACAAUGUAGAACUGGCCAAUAAAUUGAAAGAGAUGGGGCUUGAACCAGGAGGAAUGACCAAACGCAACUCUCUGGGUCUUGCAGGCAUGGACACUUAUUCCCGGGCGAUGAGUGUGAGAGGAGAUCGAGGGCAAUCAAAGAAAGAGACGAGUCGAAAGCUGGGAGUCUCCGACUUCUCGCUCCUGCAGGUGCUGGGAAAAGGAAGCUUCGGCAAGGUGAUGUUGGUCAGGCUAAACGGUACUGAUCAGGUCUUUGCAGUGAAGGUCCUGAAGAAAGACAUAAUUCUGCAGGAUGAUGAUGUGGAGUGCACUAUGACAGAAAAACGAGUGUUAGCUCUUGCUUCCUCUCAUCCUUACCUCACUGAGCUCUACUGCUGCUUCCAGACACCGGAGCGUCUGUUUUUUGUGAUGGAGUUUGUGAAUGGAGGCGAUCUGAUGUUUCAUAUUCAGAAAUCCAGAAAGUUUGAAGAGAACAGAGCGAGAUUCUACACAGCAGAAAUCACAUCUGCCCUCAUAUUCCUCCAUAGCAAGGGGAUUAUAUAUAGGGAUCUGAAGUUGGACAAUGUUUUGCUGGAUAAAGAUGGUCAUUGCAAACUUGCUGACUUUGGGAUGUGUAAAGAGGGGAUGUUUGAGGGUCUCGUCACAGGAACCUUCUGUGGAACCCCAGAUUACAUUGCUCCAGAGAUCCUUCAAGAGAUGCUGUAUGGGCCAUCGGUUGAUUGGUGGGCCCUCGGAGUGCUUCUGUAUGAGAUGCUAUCCGGCCACGCCCCCUUUGAGGCUGAGAACGAAGAUGACCUCUUUGAAUCCAUACUGAACGAAGAGAUAAUGUAUGCGUCCUGGCUCAGCACCAACGCUGUGAACAUACUCAAAGCGUUUUUGACGAAGAAUCCAUCUCGUCGUCUGGGUUGUGUGGCCGCCGAGGGCGGGGAGACUGCAGUAAUAAGUCACCCAUUUUUUUCUGGUAUUGACUGGGACAGACUUAACCGUCGUGAGCUCGAACCGCCUUUCAAGCCCAGAAUUAAAACUGCAGAAGAUGUGAAUAACUUCGAUCCAGACUUCACCCAGGAGGAUCCAGCUUUCACGCCCAUUGACGAAGCCCUCAUCUCCUCCAUAAGUCAGGACGAGUUUCGGGACUUUUCUUUUAUCUCUCCUGAGCUCUUAAAAAUUGUUUCUGAGACGGAGGGUAUAGGUGAAGAAACGUGUGAUGUCACUGAACCAAACUAAUUGUAAUGCCAUGUUGGAGAAAAAAAAUGAAAGGACUUUGUGUCCAGCGUUUUUUUGCUUAGCCUGUUUGUUCCUGAGUUACAUGACAACAUGACAUGUAAAUGUAGGUUAUUGUAACAAAGUGUGUAUCUUUGUGUCAGGUGAUGCAGAGAGAUAUUACAGACACGUUACCCACUGCAAUUACAUUUCUGCCCUCAAGCAGGUUUGCUAAUCACAGCGGCACAUGAAAACUCAUCUAGAGAUGAACUGCACAUGUUUUUUCAGGAUCUCGAUGAUCUUGGCUUGUCCCAGUAUUAAUUCCUGAAUGUUUAGAAGAUGAACUGCAGUCAGUUUUGUUGUGUGUGAUAUUUUUCUGUCAAAGAAAUAGGAGAAUAGAACUCAUGAGGAAGUAUUUUUAAUUAAAGUUGUAUUUUUUAUAAUAUAUUUCAAGCAAUGUGUGCAAUUUGUCGUAUUGUCUUUGUUUAUGUGUUUGAUGCAUUUCAGGUCAAAGUUUCACCAUGAUGUAGCCCAACAAUUAUCUGUAGAUGUUGUUGUUGUUGUAUAUUAUUGAUAAAGGAUGCAGUAUUGAUGUCUCUGCAUUAAGAACCUUUUUGGUCGUGACUCCAUCACAAACCAUCUCCCCUGAGCUAUACCCCUUUAUACUGAAGGGUUAGAAGGCUAAAACUCAUGUUGACCAGUUUAAAUUCUUUAAAU